AGAGGCUACCUCUCCUUUUAGCUGUUAUAGUGCCGUCAGAAAAUAAAGCUGUUUAUUAGCGCCUAUUGACCGGAAGACUACUUGUUUUAUUAAUGAAAAUGAGACAACCCGCCGCGUAUCCUGCUCUCUCUCCCUCUCUGGAGCUACAGAGCUAAAGUUGGAGGAUUUUAACGGAAGUUGGAAAUCAGCUGAGAUGAUCUGGAGAGCUUUCUGACAUCAGGAGAUGGAGUACAGCGAUGAUCUUCCAGAAACACCUGAUCUGCCUCUGGAGAUUAUAGUUUACAUCCUGAGUUUUCUUCCUGCCUCAGACAGAAAGGAAGCCUCCCUGGUCUGUCGCAGCUGGUACAAUGCCAGCCAGGACCUGCGCUUUCAGAGGAACGUCACCUUCAGCUUCCCGGCUUCAGCUGCUUCCCUGGCACUGGUCAGAGGUCUGGCCAAGAAGCCCCGCUGCAGCCUGAAAAUCAGCCAACUCGAUGGCUUCAGUAUCUCCAGAUCCCUCCUUACAGAGGUUGGUUUGUGUCUGGGCUCCAAAGUGGACAGUUUGGCCCUGCCCGGCAGCAGCCUAACAGAGGCCUCCCUGCUGGACCUCCUGCCCCGUCUGACCUCCCUUAGGCGGCUCGACGUCAGAGGCCUGGACAGCCUCUUCAUGUCUGGGGCCUUCCUCUCCAGAGAGGAGCACAGACGGCAGGUCCGAUCUGCAUUGAGCGGUCUGGAGGAGCUUGACCUGUCGGACCUGCGCUAUCUCUCUGACCUCACCUUCACCCGGCUCACCAGCUGCACCCCACGCCUCCGCCGGCUCUCGCUGGCCGGCUGCCACAUCGCCUUCGAGUUUGACCCGUACCGAGGGAGCCCGGUGGGAGCUGUGGAGGACUCCUCCGCUCUGCUGUCGCUCAGGAACCUGAGGAGGUUGUUAACGGAGCAGAGCUCCACCCUCAAAGCUCUGGAUCUUAGCAGAACCUCCAUCACCCCUGAAUCACUGCGGAUCAUUGCUCAGGUUCAGGAUUUGGUCCUAGAGGAGCUGCAUCUUCAGGGCUGCAGAGAGUUGACUGACUACUCCGUGGAGGUUCUGAUUAAGCACCAGCCUAAACUCCUGAAACUGGACAUCAGUGGCUGCACAGGACUGACCAGCAGGUCGGUGGAGGCUGCAGCUCGUGGCCUGGAGUCUCUGACGCAUCUCUCCUUGUCUGGAGACUGGAGGAUCACUGAAAAAGGCCUGGCUGAGCUGCUGUCUGUCUCCUCCCUGCUGUCUCUGGAUCUGUCCGAGUGUCUUCACAUCAGUGGAGUAGAGCUGGUAAAGGGACUGAAGGGCUCUGACACUGCCAAAGCAAAGCUGGAGGCGCUCAGCCUGAGGAGCUGCACGUACCUGAGGGAUCCCGCCGUUUUUUCCCUCGCUCAGCUCCUUGGGGAUUCUCUGCGUGAGUUGGAUCUAACGUCAUGUAUUAACGUGACCGACGUGUCUGUAUACGCCAUCAGCGCCUACCUGCAGAAGCUGGAAGUGCUGCGGCUCGGCUGGUGCAAGGAAGUCACAGAUUGGGGUUUGUUAGGGAUGGGACAGAGAAGUGAGAGUGAGCCAGAUGAGGAGAUGGGGGACAAAGGUCCAAGGUUCACCCGGACCUUUGGCAACAUGGGCUUCUUCAAGCCUCCUCGGAUGCCUUUUGAAGAGCGCCCCAAGCUGCUGACUCAGAACGACCUUCAGCAGUUCAGACAACAGGCCGGAGCGUCGCUGCUGGCUCUGAGACGGCUGCGGGAGCUGGACCUGUCAGCCUGCGCUAAGCUGACCGACAGCAGCGUCACACAGGUGAUCCACUUCCCAGACCUGCAGCGUUUGUCUCUCUCUAUGCUGCCAGAACUCACAGACGCCAGCUUAGCGUCAGUCGGCCGGCGCUGCCGCAGCCUCACCAGCCUGUCACUCAGCCACUGUCCGGGCAUCACUGACCGUGGGGUUGCCCAGGCGGCGCCGUACCUCCAGCGCCUGCAGCAUCUCUACCUCUCCUGCUGUAAUAACAUCACUGACAGGACGUUGUACCUUCUGAUGCAGCACUGCAGACGUCUGAAAACCGUUGACAUCUCAAGGUGCAAAAAUAUCUCCAUGACAACGGUGGACCUCCUCCAAUCACAGCUGCCGUUUUUGGAAAAUGUCCAGCACAAGCUCAUAGGCGUGGCUGAUCUCCCACUGACUGACUGCUUUUAAAGCAGCGUUCAGACUGAAGCUGCAAGCAGCGCUCAAGUUCGUUCUUCAGGAAACUUUGAAGGGUGCUUGUCUUUUAAAGAUGGAUUCUAUUGGUGUAAAACUGCCAUGUGGAUCAGCAACGAAGGUCCAAGGAAAUAAAUUUAUAUUAAGAUAUUUAGAAAGAAAUGUUUACACAGCUGGAGGAAAACCCAGCAGCAGGAUCUGCUUUAUUAGGAAUUAACUUAAUUGUUUUUCCUUCAGCUGAUUCCAGAUCAGCUUACUGACAUCAGUCACAGUUUACUGUUUAGAGCUUCACCUUCAUCACAUCAGGAAACCAGACACUCCCUCCUCUUCAUAUAAGAGAUCCACAUUAUCCAACACUACCAUCACUCAGCUGAGAUCCAUUCUACACAACAUCAUCUGAUGUUAAAGGUUCUGGAAGCUCUUCUGCUAGGUUCUAGUGGGCUGACUGGGCCGGGCAGCAGCUUUUUCUGGUUUCCUCAGCGGUUAGUAGAUAGUCAUACUGGAAGAGUUUCUGCUACAUUUCUGAAGUUCUUCCUUCAGUUAUAUGUACUGUGCUGGUACCAACAGGGCCAGGUUGUGGGUUAUGCAUUCAGUGGUCCAAAGGGUUUGGUUCUGGUGUCAUUUGACCGCAUGCUGGUUUUUCCUUCAGCAGUCGAGUCUUCAACCUCUGAAUAGCCAGAAGUACCAGAACCACAGUUAAAAGUAUAGUGGAGGAUGUUCUUUUUCUAGGUGGAUCAUCAAAAUAAGUGGUCCUCCUAAUUGUCAAUCAUUCUGGUAUGUUUACGUAAGGCCUUUCUACAUGCUCGU